AUGUUUACCUUCUGCCCGCUUCAAGGCGCCUUGUCCGAGUCCACGGCGUCGCAGUCGCUCUUGGAGCUCGAUGGGGGGGUCAAAGUCCUCGUCGACCUUGGAUGGGAUGAAACCUUUGAUGUUGGGAAGCUGGAAGAGCUGGAGAAACAAGUACCGACCCUUUCCCUAAUCCUUCUCACUCAUGCGACGGCAUCCCAUCUCGCUGCCUACGUUCAUUGCUGCAAAAAUUUUGCACUAUUCACUCGCAUACCUGCGUAUGCGACUCGGCCUGUAAUCGAUCUCGGCCGAUCUCUCAUCCAGGAUCUCUAUUCUUCCACGCCCGCCGCCUCUACCACCAUUCGCCAGAGCUCUCUAUCCGAGAUAGCCUACGCCUAUACGCAGACGGCCGCCACGGCGCAGAACCUGCUCUUGCAGUCGCCUACUCCCGACCAGAUCGCGCGGUACUUCUCCCUGAUCCAACCCCUCAAGUAUUCUCAACCUCACCAACCACUUCCGUCCCCGUUCUCACCACCGCUGAACGGACUUACCAUCACCGCAUACAACUCUGGACACACUCUGGGAGGAACCAUUUGGCAUAUACAACAUGGACUCGAGUCGAUUGUUUAUGCAGUGGACUGGAAUCAGGCACGAGAAAACGUCUUUGCAGGCGCAGCUUGGCUUGGAGGAGCGGGAGGAGGCGGCGCCGAAGUCAUUGAACAGCUUCGCAAGCCCACGGCCCUUAUUUGCAGCAGCCGCGGCGCGCAAAAGUCGGCACAGACUGCCGGACGCGCUAAACGAGACGAGCAACUACUUGACAUGAUCCAGACCUGUGUCACCAAGGGAGGCACCGUGCUGAUACCUGUUGACUCUAGCGCAAGAGUCCUGGAGUUGUCUUACCUUCUCGAACAUGCGUGGAGAGCAGACGCGGUCUCUGAAAACGGCGUCCUCAGCUCGGCCAAAUUAUACCUUGCUGGUAGAAACAUGUCGAGUACCAUGCGAUACGCCAGAAGCAUGCUGGAAUGGAUGGACGAUAACAUUGUUCAGGAAUUCGAGGCUUUUGCUGAGGGUCAACGGAGGGCGAACGGAGCUGGCGAAAAGAAAGAAGGCGGACCGUUUGACUUUAAAUAUCUUCGAAUCCUGGAGAGAAAGGCUCAAGUUUCAAAGCUUCUGGAUCAGGUUGCCUCUGCCCAAGGUGAAGCAGCCAAAGGACGGGUGAUUCUUGCCAGCGACACGAGCAUGGAGUGGGGUUUCUCCAAGGACGUCUUGAAGGGGCUUGCUCAAGACCCAAAUAACCUCGUCAUCCUGACAGAUAGGCCGACUAUUGCCAAGGACGACAGGCCAUCGCUGGCGAGGACUCUAUGGGAAUGGUGGAAAGAGAGGAGGGACGGGGUGACUGUGGAGCAGACCAGCACGGGCGACAGAAUCGAGACAGUCCCAGCAGGUGGCCGAGAGCUAGCUGUCCGCGAGGCCUCCCGGCAGGCGCUGGAAGGUGAUGAACUUGCCGUGCACCAACAAUGGCUGGCUACCCAACUACAGCUCCAAGCGACCCAGCAGACAGGCGCUGCUGGGCCUCUCGAAGGCGCAGCUGACGUUGUCGAUGACGCCUCGUCAGAUUCAUCCUCAGACUCUGAAGACGAGGAUGGCCAGCAACAAGGCAAGGCGCUGACGGUCUCAGCCACCUUGGGCCAAGCAGGCCGAAAGAAUGUCAUUCUCAAGGACGAAGACCUCGGCAUCAAUAUUCUCAUAAAGCGUAAAGGCGUCUACGACUUUGACUCGCGUGGCAAGAAGGGCCGAGAGCGGUGCUUCCCCGUGGCCAUGCGAAGGAAGAGAAACGAUGACUUUGGCGAAGUGAUACGACCCGAAGACUACCUUCGGGCCGAGGAGAAGGACGAAGACAAUGCCGACGGCAGCCAUCUGGCCCUGGACGACGACAAGCUGGGCAAGAAGAGAAAAUGGGAUGAUGUUGUCAAGGGCGCAAGUGGGCCCUGGAAGCGAUCUCAGCCUGGCAAGGGCGCAGCCAAGGACGGCGAUGACUGUAUCAGGGCAGACAGCUACGUAGCCGAUGAUCUCGACGACGUAGAAGACACGGAGCCGGAAGAGCCGACGGGCCCUUGCAAGCUGGUUUACACGACUGAAACGAUGGAAGCCAGGCUAAGCAUCGGCUUCGUCGACUUCAGCGGCCUCCACGACCGCCGGAGCUUAGACAUGCUCAUCCCCCUCAUCCAACCGCGGAAGCUCAUCCUCGUCGGCGGCAGUCACGAGGAAACCAUGAGCCUCGCGGAAGACUGCCGCGCGGCACUCGGCAUGGACGGCGACAAAGCCGUCGACGUCUUCACCCCCUCGGUCGGCGCCCGGGUCGACGCGAGCGUCGACACCAACGCCUGGGUCGUCAAGCUUGCGGACCCGCUCGUCAAGAAACUCAAGUGGCAGAACGUACGCGGCCUGUCCAUCGUCACCAUAAGCGGGCAGCUCCUCGCGAUGGACACGGCGGCCGAGCCCGCCGAACCCGGUGACGAGGACUCGUCCAACAAGCGUCAGAAGACGGAGCCGUCUACCGCUGUGGCGCUCACAUCCACGGCGCUCGCGAAUUCCUCGGGCGUCCUGCCCGUUCUCGACGUGAUCCCUUCGAAUAUGGUGUCGGCUGCCAGGACGGCCGCACAGCCUCUGCAUGUAGGAGAUUUACGACUUGCCGACCUGCGAAGGGCCAUGCAGGGAUCCGGGCAUGGAGCCGAGUUCAGAGGAGAAGGCAUCCUCGUCAUUGACGGGUCCGUGUCUGUACGCAAGACGGCAGAAGGGAGGAUCGAGGUGGAGAGCGUGGGACUGCCCAUCGUGGGGAGGAGGAACACCCUGUAUGAGGUCAAGAGGGCCAUCUACGACAACCUGGCUGUCGUGGCAGGGGCAUGA